AUGCUGGGGAGCAAGCGACUGGGGCUCUCCGGACUGACCCUUGCCCUGUCCCUGCUCAUGUGCCUGGGCGCGCUGGCCGAGGCGUAUCCCUCCAAGCCUGACAACCCCGGAGAGGACGCUCCUGCCGAGGACAUGGCCAGAUACUACUCGGCGCUGCGACACUACAUCAACCUCAUCACCCGGCAGAGAUAUGGAAAACGAUCCAGCCCUGAGACACUGAUUUCAGACCUCUUGAUGAGAGAAAGCACAGAAAAUGUUCCCAGAACUAGGCUGGAAGACCCUUCGAUGUGGUGAUGGGAAAUGAAACUUGCUCUCCAGUCUUUGCCUAUUUUUCAGUCCAUAUUCAUUCUGUAAAACUAGAGUCCGCCUGUCCUCCCAGUGCAUGCAGCCGCUGUACUCAACUC